CGGCCCCCCCUCCCCGCUCCGACCCCCCUUCGCUCCAGAGGAGGGGCCCGGCCCCGCUCGGCAGAACCCCCCUCCCCGGGGGCGGCAGCGGAGACCAGAGAGGGAGGGGGGGACAGACCCCCAGGGUGCCCAUCGCUACACUGCAUUGCACUGAAGAUGUCUAACAGCAACACGACGCAAGAGACCCUGGAAAUAAUGAAAGAGUCGGAAAAAAAGCUGGUGGAGGAAUCUGUGAACAAAAACAAAUUUGUAUCCAGGUCACCGAGCAAGGAAGAGGUUGAGAAGGAAGGGGAGGAGGCCAAUGUACGGCAGGAGUCUCAGAGGCGGACUUCAAAUCAUGGACACGCCAGAAAAAGAGCCAAGUCUAAUUCGAAGCUCAAGCUGGUCAGGAGCCUGGCAGUGUGUGAAGAAUCCUCCAGCCCCUUUGUGGAUGGGCCCUUGGAAGCCCAGGACAUUAUUCAGUUGCAUGUCAGUUGCCCCUCGGACAAGGAGGAGGAGAAGUCUACAAAGGAUGGGCCCGAGAAAGAGGAAAAAGACAAGAAUAAGGAGAAGGCACCAAGGAAAAUGCUCUCUAGAGAUUCCAGCCAAGAAUACACAGACUCCACUGGAAUAGAUUUGCAUGAAUUUUUAGUAAAUACACUGAAAAAAAAUCCAAGGGAUCGAAUGAUGCUGCUAAAGUUAGAACAGGAGAUCCUGGAAUUUAUUAGCGAUAACAACAAUCAGUUCAAGAAGUUCCCGCAGAUGACCUCCUAUCACCGGAUGCUCUUGCACAGGGUAGCUGCCUACUUCGGCAUGGACCAUAACGUUGACCAAACUGGGAAAGCCGUCAUUAUCAACAAGACCAGUAACACCAGGAUCCCCGAGCAAAGGUUCUCCGAGCACAUCAAAGACGAGAAGAACGUUGACUUUCCGCAGAGGUUCAUCCUAAAGCGAGACGACGCCAGCAUGGACCGGGACGAUAAUCAGAUCAGGAUCCCAUUGCAGGACGGGAGGAGGAGCAAAUCAAUAGAAGAGAGAGAAGAGGAGUAUCAGAGGGUCAGAGAGCGGAUAUUUGCGCGAGAGACUGGUCAGAACGGCUAUCUAAACGACAGCAGACUCGCCAAGGAAGGCUUUUCUGCUAGCUCUCACAAAAGGAGGCAGAUUUUUAGGGGGAACCGGGACGCUCUGAACCGGGCCUCGGGCAGCCGUCAGAGCAGCACAGAGAGCGAGCUGAAGUCGCUGGAGCCCCGGCCGUGGAGCAGCACAGACUCGGACAGCUCCAUCCGCAACCUGCGCCCGCCCGUCACGAAAGCCAGCAGCUUCAGCGGCAUCUCCAUCCUCACGCGAGGGGACAGCAUCGGGAGCAGCGCCAGCAGGACGGCCAGGCCAGGUCUGUCACUAGCCCCGGAAGCAUGCAGCCAAGUCUCCGCGUCCCAGCCUGGCCGAGGGAGCUUCUUGCCAUGCACUGUGCAGCCGCAGCAGCACCAAGCACUUCCGCCCACUCCCCAGCAACAGCCGGCGAUGAGUAAUCACCUGAUCUCCCCGCCGGUCCCAGCUCUGCAGCCUGUUCAGUACUCUGCCAGCUCCUGUCCCCAGGUCCUCCUGCCCGUGUCUCCGCCCCAGCAGUACAACAUGGCCGAAGAGCUCAGCUCCCCCUUUGGGCAGAUCAGCCUCAGCCGUCAGGGCUCCACAGAAGCUCCGGACCCGUCCUCGGCCAUGUUCCAGCCGCCCCUCAUCUCCCAGCAUCCUCAGCAGACGGGAUUCAUCAUGGCGUCCCCGGGACAGCCCAUCCCUGCCUCCAGCUACUCCACCUCGGGACACACGGCCCCCGCUCAGCAAGUCCUGCAGCCCCAGGGCUACCUGCAGCCUCCCCAGCAAAUUCAGGUUUCCUACUACCCGCCCGGGCAGUAUCCAAACUCCAGCCAGCAAUACAGACCUCUCAGUCACCCGGUGGCCUACAGCCCCCAGCGCAAUCAGCAGCUCACGCAGCCUUCACAACAGCCUGGUCUCCGUCCGCACGUCCCCAGCAAUGGGCCUUCCACCCCUUCCCUAGCGAGGCUGCCCCCAGCCUGGUGUGGACUCUCUUGCGUUCCUCCUUUGCUUCUGGUCACGCCCCAGGUGGGAGCGCCACCUCCUCCAGUGCCGCUCCCCAUGGCUCCCCUCCCCUUCUCGGCGCAGGUCCCGGUGGCUAGCGAGUCGCAGGGGGUGGUCCAGCAGCCGUUCCAGCAGCCGGUGCUGGUGUCCGCCAGCCAGUCGGUUCAGGGAGGGCUGCAGUCCGGCGGGAUGCCCGUCUAUUACAGCGUCAUCCCCACGGCUCAGCAGAACGGCACCAGCCCCUCGGUCGGGUACCUGCAGCCUCCCGGCUCCGAGCAGUAUCAGAUGCCCCAGUCUCCCUCACCCUGCAGCCCGCCACAGAUGCAGCAGCAGUAUUCGGGGGUGUCUCCGUCGGGGCCCGGCGUGGUCGUGAUGCAGCUGAACGUGCCCAGCGGCCCCCAGCCCCCGCAGAACCCUCCCGUGGUGCAAUGGAGCCACUGUAAAUACUAUGGCCUCGACCAGCGGGGGCAGAAGCCGGGGGAGCUGUACAACCCAGACACCAGCGCCCAGGCCAGCACCCAGCUAACCAGCCCCAUCACGUCCCCCACUCAGUCCCCGACGCCAUCUCCCGUGACCAACCUCAACAGCGUCUGCACAGGGCUCAGCCCGCUUCCGGUCCUCACGCAGUUCCCCCGGCCCGUGGGCCCAGCACAAGGCGACGGGCGCUACUCUCUACUGGGCCAGCCACUGCAGUACAAUCUCUCCAUCUGCCCUCCUCCUCUGCUGCCCAGCCAGUCCAACUACAGCGCACACCAGGGCCAGACAGGGAUGAAACACGGAAACCGGGGCAAGAGACAGGCCCUCAAGUCAGCGUCCACCGACCUCGGCACAAGCGACGUAGUGCUGGGCCGGGUGCUGGAGGUGACGGACCUGCCCGAGGGCAUCACGCGCACGGAGGCCGACAAGCUCUUCACCCAGCUCGCCAUGGCCGGGGCCAAAAUCCAGUGGCUGAAGGAGACUCAGGGGCGGCGCGGGGCCGGGGGCGGCGCAGGCGACAACCACGGGCCGGCGGAGAACGGCCGGCACCCGGACCUCGCUGCCUUAUACACCGUGGUGGCCGUGUUCCCCAGCCCGCUGGCCGCCCAGAACGCCUCGCUGCGCCUCAACAACUCGCUCAGCCGCUUCCGGCUGCGCGGGGCCCGGAAGAGCUACGACCUGCGGGUGCUGGAGCGGGCCAGCUCCCAGUAGGGC